UUCCCUGUCUUCUCAAUCAUAUACUUAUCUUCAAAAAAAAACAAAAAUCUUUGGCAAAAUUUAAAAUAUCUGGAUGAACUGUAGGAUUUUUUGUUUUCUUGUUAGGUUUUGUUGUCUGGAUUCACUUUUAUCCAGGUUUCUGAUCACAAAAAAGUUUUGUAUCGUGCAUUCGGAAUGCAUGUGUAGCUAGCUUUUGGUUACACAGUAGGUAGGGUUCAGGAUUGUUUGAAUUUAUUUGUUGGAGUUUUGAAGGAAGAGGCAAGAGGCGGUCUUUGGAGAUUUGAAGGGAAGAGUGUCGUUAAUUUAUUUUCCGGAUUUUUGUCGUUGCCGUUGAUUGUACUUUUUGAUUUGAGAAAGAAUGUACUAUGCUUUUAUUUCUAAGCGUGCAGCGGGGAAUUUUGCCGAAUUUUUCAGGCGUACUGUAACUGUGGCGGUACGAAAGGCUGGGAACGGGAGACUGGCUAAAUAUUGAGCUUUCAUGAUUUUUGGACUGUAAAUGCGGAGGCUAAGCGAAGCUUGAGGUAUUGUGAGUAAUGGCGUGGCCGGAGGUCGGAAAUGGCUGGCAGAGUCCAAGGAUUUCGUUUUCCGUUGAUCUUUCACAGAUCGACAGGACUUCGCCGGAGAAGCGAAUCAGAGUAGGCCCUGCCGAUAUUAUUCACAGCCCGGAGUUCGAGUUUUGCACGGUGAGUAAGUUCAAGGAUGGUCGCGAUAUUGCGUUUGGGGAAACUCUCAUGUCAGCCGACGAAUUGUUCGUGGACGGCAAAAUUCUGCCGCAAAUUUCCGCUCCGAAAGCUCAGCCUUUAACUAUUGCUCGUCAUCUGAGUCUGGAAAGCUCGUCGCCGAUUCGAUCCGCUUCGUUUCCUUCUUCAAAGGCGAGCGGUGCAGAAAAUGGCGGUUUCAAAUCCAGCAACAGGAUGUCUGGCAGGUGGAAGGAAAUGUUUAAGCUAAGCAACCGAGAUUAUUUCUGCGCCACAUCAAAGGAAGCCGAGGAGGACGGCAAUGGAGAGAAACCCCCUGUUUCUUCACGAUCGCGGUGGCCGUUUUCAAGAAGCGGCGGUGAAUCACGAGGUAACGGAUUAUUUUGUGCUUUGCCGUUUUCCAGAAGCAAAUCUGCAGUAGAACGCAAGUCGAGGCCGUGCUCGGAACCUCCUUCCUGUUAUAGAAGCAAAUCCGUCGGAGCUCAGUCGGCCUUUAAAGAAACUGAGGCUCUGGUCUCGGGUUCGAAACCCGCCGUUACAACCGAUUUAAAAGAUGUCAAGAAAGGUCCGCCAGAUCUGCCCAGGCACAAAGGGAGUCCAGGAAGGACAAGGAGAAGCUCUUCUGCGAGAAGCUACGGGCGAGGUAGUCCUGGAAGGGGGAGCGGGAGGUUCGUGGUUCGAAACUCGAAGACGCUUGAUUCUCCACGCCCUGGAAAACCCAUGGCGGACGGGUUGCUUAAAAGCCAUUGCAAUGUUUCAGGAGUGAGCAUGAAAGUGAAUCCUGUGCUGAAUGUACCGGCCUACAUUGGCCCUGUGGGAGGCAGAAACGGCCCUGGAUUAUUCGGCUUCCGAGGCCUCUUUUCCAAAAUAGAUUCCAACAAAAGAUCUCAUCUUUCUCAGUAUACUGCAUCUAGAAAAAAGGGCGCUUGAAUCUUCUCAGAAAAUCUCAAAACACAUUCAUUUUUUACACUGUAUACACCGAUGUAAAGGUAAGAUUUCUCCUCUCUCUCAUGUCAGCUGUUCAUCCCUAUCGCCUAUGAAUAUCAUUUGUACAUCAGGAAUCCAAUGUUAGACAAUCUUGAAUGACCUUGAAGAGCUUCCCAUAAAAAAAAUUAUUUGCAGGGGAGGCGAUUGUGGGAUCAUUAAUUUGGACUAAUUUUUUUGUUGGGUUGAUUAGGGAAUUAUUUAGAAAUAGGUGAUCCGUGAGGCUUGGAAAUUUCAUCAUAGAGUUCUCUGUAUAGUUUGUCUGAAUAUAGCCUAAAUUUCUUGAAAUAACUCUGGUUAUUGAAUGUCUUUUCAUUUAUAGUUUCCUGUUUAAAUAAUGGCAGCAGCAGCUGCUACAUGAGAAGGUUGUUGUAUUGUCAGAUUUGUUAUCAUUCAUAGGUUUUUUGAAGCAUUUUUGCCAGCCUUAUGGCAUCUGUAACAACUAUUACAUUUACACUAUAAUCCAGAAUCCUAUCCUCUGCUACUACCAUUGCCAAGGUUAUUUUCUUAUUA